UGGUUUUGAUUUAGGAAAUCUGUGCACUUAACCCUACUUAUUUUGAAUACAAAACAGAAUAUUUCUAUUUUAAUUUUAUAUUGUCUAAUUAAAUAUGGUAUUUAAAACAGUAGCAUUGUUUGCUAAACGCAAAAAGCCUCUGAGAAAUUGUUUGAAAACGGGAUUUAGAGAUUCCUUAAAAAUAUUCGUUUCAGGAGGUUAUGGGGGUAAUGGACUACCUAAGUACGGAGGAAUUGGAGGUUUCGGAGGAAAUGUGUCAGUUAUAGCAAAAGAAGGUAUAAGCUUAGAAGAUGUUUUCAAACAAAAUAAGUCACUCAGAUAUGUUGCUGGAAAUGGAGGAAACAGUUCAGCUAAUUGUUUGAGGGGUUCUCCUGGUGAAAAUGUAACAUUUGAAGUUCCAGUUGGAGUAUCUUUCAUCACAGAAUUAGGGAAGAAAUUAGGUGAAUUAGAUAAAGAAAAUGAAGAGUUGGUACUUGCCAAAGGUGGUACCCCAGGACAUUCCAAAAAUGGUUAUUUAGGAACAGAAGGACAAGCAUAUCCAGUGAAACUCGAUUUAAAACUAAUAGCAGACAUAGGCCUUGUUGGCUUUCCAAAUGCUGGAAAAAGUAGUUUAUUGAGUGCUAUAUCACAUGCUAAACCAAAAGUAGCCAACUACCCAUUUACCACUUUAAAACCUCAUUUGGGAAUGAUAAACUUCCCUGAUCACAGACAAAUUUCAAUGGCUGAUUUACCAGGCCUUAUAGAAGGAGCUCAUUCAAAUAAAGGCAUGGGUCAUGAAUUUCUUAAACAUGUAGAGAGGACUAAACUAUUAUUAUUAGUGGUAGAUAUACAUGGGUUCCAGUUAGGACCUCAAUACCCCUAUAGAAAUUGCUUAGAAACAGUCCUUUUACUAAACAAGGAGUUGGAAUUAUAUAAACCAGAGCUCAUUGAAAAACCCUCCUUAUUACUCAUAAAUAAAAUGGAUGUGGAAGAUGCAGAAGAAAAAUACAACCAAAUAAAAUUAAGUUUGAAGAAUUUAUCAAGUAUUUCAGAGAAUUAUGAGGAAGAGAUAAGAUCAGAAAAAUACUUGAAAUUUAGGGAUAUUCUUCCAGUUUCAAUUAAACACUCUGUUCAAGAUAUCGAUCUUAUAAAAGGAAAAUUGAGAAAACAUUUAGAUAUCAUAGCGGAUGAAGAAAUAGAUGAUGAAAGUAACUCAGAUUUAUAUCAAGACAUAAGGAGAAAAAUGAAGGAAAAAGGUCCUAAAUUAGUGUAAACAUAAAAAUAUAUCACAGAUCGUUUAAUUGCCAUCUCUAACAGCUGAUGUAUGUUUUAAAUCUUUUAGUUUCACCCAUUCGCAACUCAAGUUUGCAUUUUCAAUUUCUUCAAUCAUACUAUUUCCAAUUGGAUUUGAUUUUUUCACAGUGAUGUGUUCAAAGUCUGAAUAUAUACCAAUCUGUGAUUUCCACCUGAAGUAAAUAAGAUAAGGAUGAAAAAUCUGAAAA